AUAUGUGCUGCCCUGUACGAAGAUGAACAUGCACACUCACAUGUAACACAAUGGGCAAUAACAAUCGUGCGCGACAUGCUGCGCACCGAGGUGACAAAUUUGUCACUUGAAAAGCAUGGACUUCAUUUCAAAGCCACGUCUGCAACUGCUGAACAACUGGAGAGUGCAUUCAUGCAUCAGCUCGCAGAAAAAAUGCAGGAAGUGGCACCUAACCUGUGGCAUCUAUUCUUCGCGCUGCUCGACAGCACACUUCAGCAGCGGCGGGCUAUGGGUGGGAAUGUAAAGGUGGGCAAUGAGGACAUGGAUAUUUAUGUUGAAGAGAGGGACCUUGGAGAAUUUGGAGGUGACUGA